AUGUUUGCUAAGGUUGUAGCACUUGCUGCCCUUGUGGCUUUAGUCCAAGCUGUGGAGUAUGGCCACCAUGCCACUUCUUACGCUUCAGUGAACCGUUAUGAUGACCAUAACAACCAUCACGUUGCUCAUUAUGCCGCCCCUGUUGCUCACUACGCUGCUGCUCCAGUUGCCCACGUUGCCCAUGUUGCCCAUGUUGCUCAUGUCGCCCCUGUUGUCCAUCAUGCUCCUAUUGUUCAUCAUGCUGUCCAUGCUGUGCAUGCCCCAGCUCACUACGAAGAGGAACACUAUGGUCACCCACAAUACCAAUUCAAAUAUGGCGUCCAUGAUACUCAUACCCAUGACAUCAAGGAACAGGAAGAAUCUCGUGAUGGUGAUGUUGUCAAGGGUCACUACUCUCUGUUGCAACCUGAUGGUCGUACCCGCACUGUUCACUACAGUUCUGACAAGCAUUCCGGAUUCCAGGCUCAUGUUGAGUAUUCUGGACAUGCUGGACAUCCAGAGGUUCAUCAUAAGGCUAUUGUUGCUGCUCCAGUUUACAAGGUCCCAGCGUACCCUCAUUUUUAA